AUGCACGCACUAACCCCGCCACGCGCGCGCCCUCAUCUCUACUAUGCACACACACACAUAUGGACAUACCUCGCCCCGUACACUCGGCUCUAUAGGCCUGACCGCUAUGCCCAGUUCCGAUUUUCGCAGGAGGUGAUCGAACGUUGUCUUAGCCAUGCGCACCGGUUGGUUGCAUACGUCCAGUGGCUUGCGAUUGAAGCCAAUGCGGAACUUGCCCGGUUUGUUGAGUUUAUCAAGUUUAUGCGGAGCGAGAUCCAGAAAGCGAUCGAACCGGACCUUAAUGCGCGCCCGCCUGGACAGACACAAGUACAAUACGACACGCUAGAGGCCAUGGCAUACAUCGAGCAAGGGCUUCUCGAAAGCGCGCUCACCGCCUGGUUCACAGGCCUCGGACCUCGGACGUACCCCGGCGAGCUAUCUCACGCGACGCCUCCGACCAUGAGGGAGGCAAUUGAGCAGGCGAGGCGCGCGCUCGACGGAAAGGACGACGCUACCGUAAGAAAAGGAAAGGAACCGGCCCAAGUCCAGGGUGGUCGAUCGUUGCUAGCCGAGUAUCCGGAGCGGAAUAUCUUAGUGAUGGUGGAUGAACUUGCAAAGGGGUGUGCCGAAGUAUGCGAGGUCGCUGCGGGGGCUACAACGAGAGGUGCUCAAGUCGACGGAGUAUCUGUACGGGCUGGCGACAGCGAAGAUCCGAAAAACGAAGGCGAAAUAGCCGAGAAACAACGAGAACUUGCGCGCGAGUGCACAUGGCCCUCCCAGGAACCGGUAGCACGUCCGGAAACAUACGUGGUGACACGGGUCAAGAGGGAUUCAGGCAGGGAAUAUCGUGCGUUCCGGUGGAGUUUGUGCCUCCUAAGAAUUCGGCCCGAGCACGAGGCGCAGGCGCAAGAGAGAGCGGGUGUGGUGAUCGAGUGCAAGGUCAAUGGCAUCGACGUAGAGAUCCUUGACAUUGGAUUUUUCGACGACAAUCAACUCCUUGUCAUUAUUCGUACACGAGGCAGGGCGCAUAUUGGCAUGAUAUACUACAGGGAGCUUGGGUGGACUGAGGAUGUCUGGGGUGGCCAAGAGGUGGUGUCCCGCGAGGGGCUGAUUGAAGUGGUGAUGCAUUACCACGAAACUGACAGGGUGGGUUUGGCGCAACUGGCUCAAACAAUCGCUCGCUCGCGGGAGCUCCAAGGGUGUGGAACGGGACCGGCUCAGCUGGCCGUGAACGGCCGGCGGGGACGGCGGACGGCGUGUGUACUAGACUCGGGCGGGGUUGUAGAAGUGUUGGAUAUGGAGCUUGAGGGCGGCGAGGAAGAGGCGGAGAGCGAGAGCGAACGAGAGUGA